AGUGGCGCAGAGGUCGGUUAAUACGUAUUGCGUCACUUCCAGGAUGACGGGGGAGGGGGGGUUGGUGUGACAAGUGAUCAACAAUAACAAGAAUUAUCACAGCGACUCGGAGAGGCUGAGCUCCCAGGCUGUUUUGUGUUCGCCUCUCUGCGCCUCCAAGCUGGGAAAGGUCAUUUGAGAGGGAAUCGAGGAGGAUCCAGGGGCCAGGCCUCUCUGUGCAGCUGCCCAGUUGCAGGCCAUUCCUGCUCCACCCGAGGUCUAUGAGUGUUUGGCUUUUCUACUGUUGGGGGCCAUCGGAUAGAGAGGGGAUGUGGGACGGGGCCAUGGAUCCGCCUGAAGAGGAGGGGCGCACGUUCAUGCAGGUGAUCAGCGAGAAGUACAGCCCGGAGAACUUCCCUUACCGCCGCGGGCCCGGCAUAGGGGUGGUGGUGGUUCCGACCGGCCCACAGGGGUCACCCAUGAAAGAUCGGCUGAACCUGCCCAGCAUCCUGGUGCUGAACGGCUGCGGAAUCAGCCGUGCGGGAGACGAGGGGGAGAUCGCCGCCUUCUGUGCUCACGUGGUGGAGCUGGACCUGUCCCACAACACCCUGCAAGACUGGCACGAGAUCAGUAAGAUUGUGACAAACAUCCCGAACCUGGACUUCCUGAACCUGAGCUCCAAUCCCCUGAGUGAGUCUGUGCUGGAGCCCAGCUGUGCAGAGGCCUUCGUCAGAGUGCGCCGGCUCGUCCUCAACAACACCCGCGUGUCCUGGGACACCGUGCACAGCCUCACGCGAGAGAUCCCUGAGUUGGUGGAGCUCUUCCUGUGCCUUAACGAGUACGACAGUGUGACCCCCUCCACCGUACCCUGCCCCUCUCUACGCCUGCUGCAAAUCACAGACAACAACCUGCAGGACUGGGACGAGGUGCGCAAGUUUGGGCCCAUGUUCCCCGGCCUGGAUACCCUGGUCAUGGCCAACAACAACCUGACCUCCAUCCAGGACCCCAGGGACACGCUCCGCCGCCUCUUUCCCAACCUGCGCACCGUCAAUCUGCACAACUCAGGUCUGAACCAAUGGGAGGAUAUAGAGAAGCUGAACUUCUUCCCCAAGCUGGAGGAGGUGAGACUGCUGGGAAUUCCAUUACUGCAGACCUACACCAACACAGAGCGGCGCAGCCUCAUAGUGGCACAGCUGCCCUCCGUGACGGUGCUGAACGGGAGUGUGGUGACGGAGGCAGAGAGGGAGGACGCCGAGCGCUUCUUCAUCCGCUUUUACCAGGGCUAUUCUGAGGAGGAGGUGCCUUACAGGUACAACAUCUUGGUGACAAAGUACGGGAAGCUGGCGCCACUGGCUGACAUCGACCUCCGGCCGCGCUGUCAUGCCAAGGUGGAGGUGCACUGCGAGGACAAGGUGGAGCUGGUGAGCAUCCGGCUGGACCAGACGGUGGCAGAGCUGAAGAAGCAGCUGAGGACAGUUGUGCAGCUCUCCAUCAACAACAUGCGGGUCUACUACAUCGAUAAGGAGGUGGCCUCCCACCUCGGCCCGGAGGAGCUGAAGUACAGCACGCGGGCCCUGCACUCCUACAGCAUCCGGGACGGGGACGAGAUCCUGGUGGUCCCAAAGUCCAAAUGACCACCAAGCUGCACUUGAAGUGGUGGGGUUGGGGUGGGUGGAGGGGGCUGUGGGAAUCCUCUUUUUGCUCUUGUUUCCUCCUAGCACAAGCUCGCUUCCUAGUGCUUUUUGGGAAGCCCAGUAUCCCUGGCUUCCGAGGCUCCUCGCGCAGCCCCUCCCCCGGCCUGCUUUCCGCACCUCUGUGUGGGGCACAGAUGAUCCUUCAGCAACGUCACUUCAGCUCAGUGUAUUUACGUGACACCUCACGCUGCGCUGUCAUGCACACUCAGAUAGGCACACUCAAAAGUACAGUAUGAUGCUUCCCCUGAGAAACAUACGCGCAAAAAGUCCGUUGUUCUUAUACUGACUCCUGUUGAUCCCGGAGGGAGCCUUUAUUUUCGUUUUUUAUUUAUUGUUUCCUUUGUGUGGUUUAGGAAUGUUUUUAGAAAGCUGUCUCCUUGGAUACCUUAAAAGGACCUCAGCAUCCUCAUUCUAGGGCGGUUUUCAGAGCUCAACCAGAAGUGUUUGAUGAAGUGGAGACUGGGACAAGAGAGUUUUGAAAGUGCUUAUCAGGCCAGGUUGCUGUAUUACGUUUUCUUGCCCAAGACCCAACCCAAUUGCACAUGCACCCUCAUCUAUACACUCACAGAUGCCUACAGAUGGCCUAUUACUGCACAGGUACGUAAGAAUAAAGUAAAGCGCAUUAGAAUGCGAUAGCUCUGAGGAUGACCUGCUUUCACCUGCAAUGGCCAGUAUGGUGCUCAAAACUCAUUUUAUGGAACCAAAUAAUGGAACGCAGUUUUCUCACAGCCAGUUAGGAAGUGUAGACAUGGUGAGAAGGAAACAAUGUUGAGAUGUAAAGAGGACUUUUUUUGCAUUUCUGUGCAAACCCCAAUUAGAAGGCAUCAGUUUGAUGCAGUUGCACACCGAGGACCAGAGUUUGAGUCCCGGUCCUGCCAAAGCCGAUUACGGCCGGCUCAUGUGGGAGUGGCAUAAUUGGCCUGCCGCUUCUAGGGUGGGGGGAGGGUCUCGGCAGGGUUAGUAGGAUUUUCGUGUAUAUCAGGCUGCGCCCUGAUUGCCUCGGAAUCAGUCACAGGCAGGUUGGAGAACGGUGUGGCUUGGAGAAGGCGUGUUAUUCCAUGGAUCGCUAGAUCUCAACGGGCCGCUGAGGGAUGAGGACGUAGACUGUGUAUCAUUAGCAGUUAGCAUGGGUAAUUGGACGAAAAUGGGGGAAAAAAUCUGAAAAUAAAUAAAUCAUGGUCAAGACCAUUCAGGGUUGGUUGAAUGUAUGGUGCUGAGCAUUGCACAGCAGUACACCAUGAUGGCUCCCUUGGUUAUGGUCUGUGGGUCAAACUCGCUAGGGUGUAAACCAAUCGAUUUUCCUGGCAUUCACAUGGAAUCAUGGAUACUUAAGUGCUGUUAACACAAUCCAUUUCAUGCAAUUGCAUAUACAUAUAUGCUAAAAUACUUUUCCUUUUUUUAAUUAAUAUAUUCAUUAUGAACAAUGUUCUAGUGUCUAUUAAUCAGUAGUGGCUUGAUUGAGCAGCUCGCUCCAUCAAUGUAUUCUUUAUUACACUCCAUGUUGAGUUAGUGUCAUUUUAAAAUAAUUAUCUUUCUUCCUAAAACCUUGCUUCUUCACAUGGAAUUAAACACAGUAUAUAUUCUUUCUCUGUGUUCUUUCAUUUCUUUCUUCAGUCACUGAAGCCUUGGUUCUUAUGAGAAAGAGUACCUUGAUAAUUCCUCAUUAAUCUCAUCCUGUGCAAGUGUCUCAGUGUUAGGUUUGGACAGCAAGACGUAAAGCUUUCAAAUGGAAACACCAUCCUUCAGUGCAGAAAAGCUAUAGACAAGGGAAACGUACUGUAUUUAUAAACGCCGAUAAAUGCAGCCAUAUUUGAGAAACCUGAGGGAGUUUAGUGCAGGAGGUACUCCAUGCUAUGUGCUCCACUGACCCCUCUCAUUUGGGCAGAGGGGGAAGUCAUUGAGUCCAGGGGGUGAUGGGAUGUCAGGUUGUGCCGAGGUCUUCCCGGGCCUUCCUGCUGUCCGUCUCCUCAUGAAUGGAGAGCCUUUUCCCCGGGGGGACUUGAGAAAGUGAGAGAGACGCGGAGGACGGUCAACCUUAACUGGCCGAAACCCACACCGGCUGUCGCGCCGUCCAAGAGACUUCCUCCCGAGUUCAGAUUAAAAUGGGCUCUCUCCCAACAAACACGGGCUGUGUCUUCAACCAGACUCCAAAAACCUUGAAACCUGUACAAGAAAAUGCUGAAGCCCAACACCUCAUUCAGGGCCCAGGUUUUCUGGCAGAAAAUACCUUGUUGUGAAUUCUUCACUUCAAUGAGAGUGAGAAAUAAUGUGGUUCACACCUGUGACCCAGGUAAUCCAUAACUAGGCCAGAGGUAUAGCUGUUGCCAUGGUGUCUCCUUUUUUUGCAUCCUGAGAUUCCUAGUCAUAUUGAGCUGGUAAUGAUCUGAUGAAGAUGUUAUUUUAAGGUUCAGUUACAGUAUACCCUUGAGAUGGUCUGACCAGUCUAAAUUGACUGGCUGUUUCAUACUUUCUGGAAUGAAAGACCAUGGACCAUAACAGUCAAGAAUAUGUAUUGUGUAAUCAUGUUUUUUUUAUUUUAUUAAGUUUUUAUAUUUAAUUAUAUUUUACGGGGUGCAAAUUGUCUGCAGAGCAAGAGUGGCAUGUCUUUGUCUUCAUAGCUUCAGUGAGAGAAAGGUCCUGGCAUGCUUGUGUAUUGCUUGCUUCCAGCAAAGAAAAGUCUCUUCCAGCAAACUAUUGUGAAUACCACUGUGAAUAUGGAUGCUGUUUAUUUAUUGUCUGUUGUAGGCAUGGGAUUAGCACAGCUGGAUUCAGGUUGUUUCUUACUUUUAUCAACAGGAAAUUGCAAAAAAAAAAAAACCAUGGCAAAAAUAGUCAUCCAAAAGGAGCAUUUUACAUUUUAGCAAUUUAGAAACAAGUUUGUCUUUAUUACCAAGCAGUGCCCAGGAUGCAGUCCAAGUAUUAUUUCUCACGAUUCAUUCCAUGGGUCAUGCCCAGCGCUCUUAGCUUCUUUUUCUGGACCACCAGUUUGACCCCAUGGUCAUUUUGCCUUUUCUUUGCCGACUGGAAUCGAUUCCAUACAUUUUGGGUAUCUGGUUUAGCCGUGCGCCCCCUUCUCCUUUCCCCCCAGUUCCCACAGUGUUAGCCUGAUCCUGAGCGAAAUCUGUCCGCAUCUCCCCAUGGCCCCUCAGUAUCAGGUGAGGGAGUCCACUGCAACCCUACCCUGGCAUACAGUGUGAAUGCUGAACACUGGUCAACACUAAUGGACAAGAGUAUUUCCUUUAGUCUCAUUCUCUCUCUCGCACUCUCUCCCUGUUUCUGUCUCUUUGUGCGAUUUAGAUUAAACUGAGACACAAAGUGUUUCUUCGGGAAUGGUCAUUGUUGUGACAUAGAGACGGGGGGCGGGGUUGGCUCCGUUCCCCUGCCCUUCUCAGUAAUGCAAAUACACAUAGUGUUGUGGAGAGCAAAAUAGAGAAUUCUGCUUAAAAUAUUGAAUUUAUAUUAUUAUUAUGAUUAUUAUGAUUAUGAUUACUAUUAUUAUGAUUAUUUAUUUCAGUCAUGGUUAUAUGUUGUUUCAAUUCUGGAUUAUGUGUGGUGACAGUGAGUUGCGUUGCUUUCACCUGUCCAAUUACAAGCCUUGAAAUGAGUCUGCAGGUGGCCAGGUGUUGGAGCCAAAAUGUCUGCUGGUGUCCUUUCCACUGCAGUGUUUUUCCCAGCCCUUUGCAGCAGCCUGGUCUCUAGAAGUGUAUGGCCUUUCCUUUUCUGUAAAUACACUGGCUUUAAUGUAGGUACAGAAAUUACUUGUGAUCGCCAUACUUUUUAUAGGCCAUUUUGGACUGGAAAGUACCCCUUUGCGUGGAGCUUAGUGCAUUGGAGGCGUUGGAGUAACAAUCUUGCCCUGGAUUUCUUGUUCACUGGAGGCGUGAAAAUCAUGAUUUUGUAAUGAAGCUGCUCGCAGCUAGCUGUUUUAAAGUAUGCACAGUUACAGUGUGCAUUGCUGGAAUUUCUCACAUGUGAUGACAUGUGAGAAAAACAACUAAUUGGGUGAAAUAAUGUAGCACAGUUGCUAAAAUUGUGAGGGGAAUCAGAGGGUAGGUUUCAUGCAAACCAGUUUAAAAAUGGGGAGUUAUUUAUCAAUGGCAGAAGGCAGAAAAGUCCAGUCAUGAUUUAGUUGUAAUAUUCAAAGUAGCAUGGCGCUGGCCUUUGACAUAUACGUAUACAAGGCCAGUCACUUAGAAGUGGGGGAAAUGGAAAUUUUAUAUCACUGGAGGGGUCAGGGGAAAUGUGAUCAUUCCUUUCUUAAAUGUGUUUCAUAAAGGGAAGACCAGACUUAAGUUCUAUCACUUUGAAUGUCUUCUGCCUGACUCUCUAAGUGCUGAUUUAAGUGUCCAAAUGUGUGAUCUAGAAAAGUACAUUUUAAACAAAAUAAGGUAUUUACUAAAUAUGUACAGGAAAAUUAUAAAGUAUGUGAAGUAUGUUUCAUAAUGUCAGGUGCUCGGGAUAUGGUUGUAUUAUGGUCAGUUGCAUUGUGAAGGCCAAUGAGAACACCACUGGGACUUGGUUCAAAGAAAUGGUGUAUAAGAAGCUCUAAAUGAUGUGGAGACAAGCCUUUUUUCUGUAAAACAGGAUAGAUUUCUUGAGCAUUGUAAAUAAUAUAAAGUAACUGAGAAAGAAAGAAAAAAAUGUAGUGCAACCAGCACGCUGUAUAACUUGCAGGAUGUCACCUUGGUGAGAGUGCGAGACUGUUUGUUGGUAAUAGUAUUUAAAGUGUGGACAGUCAGAGUCUCCAAAUUUCUACACAGCUUGUUUGAACGAACAGCAUGCCUCCCAGCAUCAGAAGCUCCAGAGAAAGUAGGUUUCCACUGUAUGUUCAGUUUCAUGCAAGCUCACGGACCGUGCUUUACCAAAGAAAUUAUUGUUAAACUAAGAACGAGAAUAAGAAAAAGUACUUGGCUGUUGCGGUCAUUUGGAUGUUUUUGCUUGCCAUGUUUAGAAAUAGUUUACCACCAAGCCCAUAUUAGAAUUUCUAUAGCAGUUGGAGUAUUGCCGUCUCCUUUACACUCACAUGGGAGAGGGGGUCAGAAGGUUAACUGUGAUAUAUCUGUCUGGGCAAGGAGGUUUGUGAACUUCCUUAUUCUAAGAGUUGGAUUGUCAGUGUUAGCUAACCUGCUGGAAGCCAGAUUGCAGUUCCAAGACAAUCCCAUGGUUGUAGUUACUAGAUUGAUUGCUCUGAAUAUCUGUCCCUGGCUUUGCAGCUGUGUAGAAAGAAGUUGAAAUGUUUGUUACCAGGAGAGCCACACCCUUGUCUCUCACUGACCCUUACUGUGAAACGAUGAUUUAUUAAACCUUGAAGAGUUUCCUGAUUUUGAA